CCCCUUCCUUUCCCGCGAAAAUACCUUCACCCUUCGCCCUUCCCGUCAAGAACGCAGCCACUGCCUCUGCUUGCUACCUUUCGUCCAAAGAAGCUGAAGCGUAUCCUUGUACUCUAUCCAUAUUCCUCCGCUAUAGCUUCGUCCGCUCUCUGUAAGGGUUUGUAGUUUUGAUUAGGAGGGUUCGAGUUUCGACAAAGAAAAACAACAGCAGUAUUGCCCAGCUGCUAGACCGGCUACUAUUAGGGUCCUGCGUUGUAGCGUUUGACGUUUGACACCGCAAGAAAGGAAUCAGCACAAUGACCCCCAACAGCAGCCAGACUGUCUACGGAAAUGUUAUAGAGUACAUUGGAGAUCGCCUCUAUCUUGCAUCCUACACCUCUCCACCCACUGGCGGUACGCCAUUUCCACCCCCAGCCAUCCCGGAUCCUUAUAAGAUCACUUCCCAGGUGAAUGCGCACGCCUCUGCCAGGUCGCCUUCCAAGAGGAACAAGAAUCUUGGCAUUAGUGCCUCCUCCAAGAAGGUUGUUUACUUCACCGUUGACGAUUCAUUGCUGUAUAACGCUUUCCACCAUGACUUCGGUCCGCUUCACAUCGGGCACUUGUACAGAUUUGCUGUGACACUUCAUGACAUCCUUGGUGACCCGGUGAAUGAGGGGAGAAUUGUCGUAUUCUGGAGUAGGCCUGAUGGAAGAAGUAGAGCAAAUGCCGGUUGUUUACUGGCUUGCUACAUGGUGCUGGUGCAGUCGUGGCCACCUCACCUAGCAUUGUCCCCGUUGGCUCAGUGUGAUCCUCCACUUAUGCCCUUCCGUGAUGCUGGCUACUCACAAGCCGACUUCGUGUUGAACGUGCAGGACGUAGUGUACGGUGUUUGGAAAGCUAAGGAGAAGGGCAUUGUAAAUUUGAGAGAGUUCGGGUUGGAUGAGUAUGAAAAGUUUGAGCGGGUGGACAUGGGAGAUUUUAAUUGGAUCUCCCCUAAUUUUCUUGCGUUUGCCUCACCACAAUUCACACUCCCCCCACCGAAUCGCCCACAGCCUCACCUCCCGACAAAUCAAGAGGAAAUCCUCGCCUCUGGCCUCCCGGUUCCAUUCCGAAACGUCUUGGAACACUUUCACACCCGCGAUAUUGGCCUAGUAGUCCGAUUGAAUUCCCACCUCUACCCCGCCGAGUAUUUCACCGCACUUGGGAUAACGCAUAUUGACAUGGUAUUCGAUGAUGGAACUUGCCCACCUCUCAAUCUCGUUCGGAAAUUCAUCAACCUCGCUCAUCAAACUAUCGCCCAGGGAAAGAAUAUUGCGGUUCACUGCAAGGCUGGACUUGGGAGAACAGGAUGUUUGAUUGGUGCAUACUUAGUGUACCGAUAUGGAUUCACCGCCAACGAGGUUAUUGCCUUCAUGCGUUUCAUGAGACCGGGAAUGGUUGUGGGACCCCAACAACAUUGGCUGCAUCUCAACCAGGAUGAGUUUAGACAAUGGUGGUUCGAGGAUACUAUCAUGGCUGCCGCAUUGGAGAAGGCAGUGUCACAAUCUAUCUCGCUUAGGACACCAACCAAGGGUAAAAGAGUGGUAUCGGGAACGCCUUCGCAACACACAAGACGUAGCAUUCUCGGAGAGAUGGAUGGUAAUGAAACAACGUCUGGUGCCCUGCCUGCUCCUACGCCUGGUCAGCCUCGAAAGGCAAGCUCGAGAUAUCCUCCGAAUACUGGUAGUCGCAGAACAGUUAGCUCUCAGCAGGAGAAGGAGUUGAUUGAAAUCCAUCAGGAUGACGAAAACGUUGAUGUCAACGCAUCCCCGAUUCGACGAAAAAAGUCAUCAGUCAAGAUGAUCGAGGCGGCAGCAACCGGUACCGAAGUGCCUGAAGGAGUUGUUGAAGGAGCAAUGAGCGAGGAAGAGUACCUUCUACGUUUGCACCGCCGGACCACAUCUCGAAGUCCAGCUGGGAAGAGAAGCGUCUCAUAUACAACCACCACCACAACAACAGUGAGUCACACUGUUACACCACCCAGCGCGGACAAGACCGCGGGGCGAGAACGAAGCGGGAGUGGUAUUGGGGCCAAGAUUAGAAGUUCGCCGAGGCGAGGAACAGUCGCUGCCGGCGGUGUUAGAAAGGUUAGCGGCCGAGUCGUCAGCGGAGGUACGCCGGGAAAGGCGUUGUAAAGUCAGCAUUUGUAUGAGUUGCUCAUUCCCAGAUUUCCGGAUCGGAAAAUUUGGGUGUUUGCGUUGUCUCUGCGACCUGGUGUUUUUUUACGUUUCCCUUGCUGCAUGGGGUGUUGAGUCCUUUCCUCGUUAUCGCUUCCUAUAUCAUUGACGAAUUGCACGACAUGAGUUUCCCUGUCUUAGUUUUCUUUCUCUGCUGUAAAACCUUUUUUCUGAGGCUUUUUUUCCCCCUUCCUCACCUUUCUAGCUUCACGAUAAAGUUCAUUUGGCCAGAGUAACCUCUUAACGGCAAAUGCUUUGUGGAUUGGGUUUUAAUGAUUGUUAGGUUUUUAGUUUAUGAUUGGGGAUGGUGGUUGCGUUGGGAGUAACAAUGAUCUUAUUUUACACGGGUUUUGCGAAUGAUCUGGAUUGGCAAGAUUGUCUCCAUAUAGGUAUUUGUGUGGCUAUGAUGGGGGGGGGG